ACACAUAAUGGCUGAAGUUGCUCAAAAACCCGAUAUUGUCGUUUCAGGUCCAUCACAGAUCGACGUUAAACUCUUUAACCGCUGGAGAUUCGACGAUAUCCAGCUCUCUGAUGUGUCUUUGAGUGAUUAUAUUGGAGUUGCGGCAUCCAAACAUGCCGCAUACGUUCCUCACACUGCUGGUAGAUACUCUGUGAAGAGGUUUAGGGAAGCUCAGUGCCCUAUUGUGGAGAGGCUCACAAACUCUCUUAUGAUGCACGGUAGGAACAAUGGAAAGAAGCUCAAGGCUGUUAAGAUCAUCAGGCAUGCCAUGGAAAUUAUUCAUUUGCUUACUGACCAGAACCCAAUUCAGGUCAUUGUUGCUGCUGUUGUUGAAGAAUCUUUAGCCAACUCCGUCUGA